ACGCGCACAGACUCAUUUAAAGCACAUUCACUCUCAGCGUACAGAAACACAACUGGAAUGGCACUCGGUUUAUUCGUUUAACUUGCUCUGGUCAGAUGUUUCAUGAUGUUUUGGUGCAUCAUGUGAAACAAGUCAAUCGGGUACGUGGGAAUGUUUGGACCAUUUCACACGACCCCUGACCUUUUCCACUCUACCUUUUGUUCACAAGACGCCGUGGCCUGGAUGCCGUAAUGGAUGUUCACAUGCACAACAGUCGGACGCCUCACUACGGCCGGAACGAUGGUCCAAAUGGCUUCUCUGAAGAUGAUCUGCAGUUCCUCAGUCUCGAGGAAAGGGAGUGUAUUCUGUUCUUUGAGGAGACCAUCGGCUCCCUGGAGGAGGACGAUGAGAGGACGGGACUCACGGUGGGGCGUCCGGCCUCACACACACAAACGGCACGACAUCACAGCCCUGUAGAUCAUGACAUCAUUGACCUGGUCCACCCUACACCCGAUGCCAACAAACAUAAAGACACGCUGCCCUUCACGCCAGAUUUCCAAGCGGCUCCAGAUACUCAUUACGAGGUAAAGGCGAAACGAGACCCACCACAAGAAGUUGGACACCAUCCGCCUUCAGCUUCAUCAAUAAUCGGCAACAAGAUUGUCGAGCAUGAGAGCAUCGCGUCCUCUUCACCGCUUCUCCAGCGCAGAAGCAGUCUGGAUUUGCCACAAAACCCCUUGGUCAAACACGGCCCUCCUCUUCACGCCAAGCCCACGCGUCUCCCUGGCGGCAUUAGCAUGUUACUGGGCAGCCGCGAACACAUUCCCCAUUCAAUCGCCACCGAAGCCGUGACGGUGCAGGAGCGCCGGGCGCUAAUGCUCUCAAACCUCUCCGGUUCAGCGCACCCUCUGGACGGCGGAGAGCCAGUCUGCGUUCGCAAGCUUCCAACGCGAAGCAUAUCGUUUCGAGAUCCCACACCGGACAUAUCUAGGAUGGAGGCGCUUUCGAAACUCGGACUUGCUCAGAAGCGAUCACAACCCAUCAUGCACACUUCUCCGAGGGAGACCGAAGACAUUAAAACCACCACCACAUUCAAAACUAGCUUACCAGCUAACGCUAGUGCUGAUGUCCGCGCUACGGACACUACAGACCACUGCCAAACCAAGCGAUCGCAAUCCAUCACACAUGCUUCUCCGAGGGAGACAGAAAGUGUGAAAGCCGUUAGCAUCCCAGCAAACACUCGUCAGACCGAAAGCACCAAAACCACCACCACAUUCAAAACUAGCUUACCAGCUAACGCUAGUGCUGAUGUCCGCGCUACGGACACUACAGACCACUGCCAAACCAAGCGAUCGCAAUCCAUCACACAUGCUUCUCCGAGGGAGACAGAAAGUGUGAAAGCCGUUAGCAUCCCAGCAAACACUCGUCAGACCGAAAGCACCAAAACCAACACCACAUUCAAAACUAGCUUACCAGCAAACGCUAAUCCUGUCGCCCGCGCUAUGGACACCACAGAUCACUGCCAAACCAAAUCAAGCCCUGCACCAAUUUUGACGAGCGCAGAAGUCUCGCAUAGUGAUUUUAACUGCUAUGGCGGGAAGAGCAUAAAGUUGAACUCCUCAAUGUCCUUUAGGACUGAGCACGCCUCAAGUGCGUUACCCAAAACAGAGGCUUCGGAGGUCCAUCUCAACAACUACGGCGGCAGAUCAAGAAUCACAAGUACACCUGAGCCAAUCCACGGAGCCCGAUCCAGAACCUCCUUCCCUGAACCUUGUUCCAACAGGACUGUGAAGGAAGACUUACCCAAGAGGAAUGCGUCGCUCUGUGAAAACAGAUCCAAUGCUAAUCCGCCCAUCGCGGCUCCGAGACCCCCGCGUCAAUCGAGCCCACUGAGUCCCACCGGGUCACGGCCCUUGCCAAAGCCAUCCUUCCGUGCUCAGGGAAUAACGGUCCAGUUUUCUGGGAGAGGAGCCACAGAUGAGGCCAGACGUAACGCGCUACGCAAACUAGGACUGCUGAGAGACUCGUCUUAAACGCUCACAUGACGCCUUUUGACUCGAAUAGAAAAACAUUUGCGGAGUUAUAAUUCAACCAUUGCUGGGUAGAUUACUUGCAAUACUUAGUCUGUUGCUGAAUGCAUUGUACAUGACUAAAUUGUAGUUGGUAACGUAAGCUAUUUCUAAACACUUAGAUUUGAAUAUUUGAAGAUAAUACCAUAUUAUACCAAAUUUUGUUAAACCCAUUACCUGAUGUUAGGGUUUCCCAAACCAGGGUUUGUGAAGGAAUUUCAGGGAGUAUCUAAGUUCAUGAAGAAUCAAUAGUUCAAUAAAAAAAGUUAAAGAAAUUUAAAACAAACUAAAACACUUAAUAAUGAUGCAAUGCUUUCUUUACUUGCAUUAUACGACAUCAGAGAAACAUGAACAUGCUAAUGUUAAAUUAUUGACUUGUGAGUCAAUUAAAUUACAUGUAAUCAAUUAAAUUACAUGUAAUCAGUUACUACCCAGCACUGACUUCAACUAAUCGUUUAUAUGUAUAUAUAUAUAUAUAUAUAUAUAUUUACAAAAACAAACAGUGUUGGCAUUACCUUGUUUGAAGAUGUUCAGAAGGGUUAGGGAUGUUUAACAGAUUUAUGUUCUAAGUCAACUAGCACUUGUUUAGACUGAGCUUGACAGACCUGAUAUCUUUAUCAAACACUAACUCAGGAUUCACAUUCAUCUCAAGCUCCACAUGCUGCUUUGGAAGCGCAUGGCCUGGUUUCGGCCAUCUUUACUUCAUCGUCACAUGGUUCCAGAACAUUGAGUCCUAAUUGUCAUGUGAUUAAACACUCCAUAUUUGAACUCCUAAAACACUGUUAAGAUUCCUCCAUAAAGAUAAAUGUACGAAGAGAACCGCCAGAACUGUGUCGUCUUCAGUGGCUCAGUGGUAGCGGUACCGGCUCUGAAGCGAGUGGUUGCUGGUUCUAUUUCAACUUGUUGUUGCGCUUAGACUCCGCUACCACUGAGCCGCUGAAGACGACACGGUUCUGACGGUUGAAAGUCAGCGUGCCGAGUCGGUUUCAGAUGCGUGUCGUCUUCCAAAAAAAAAUAAAAAUUAGUGUGUGUGUGUGGUCCCGCCCCCGAGGUUUUGGACCGGCCCGCGCUGCGGUUAUGCUGCAUUAACAUUAAUUUUCGCAACGUUUAAUAAUAUAAUAAGCAAAUAAUAUAAUAAGCAACUUUUUUCAAACCUUAGCAAACUUUCACUUUUCAAUUUCCAUUUCAUUUUGAAACUAAUUGAUUAAUUGGAUAAUUACUUAAUUGAUUAAUUUGUUAAUUAAU